UGCUGUCUGUCGCCUCGCACCUUGAAUCGACCUACAGCUGUUUCCCGCCAAUUAUUACUCAUUCUUCUUCAACGAAGGCGACCCGAGCGUGAACUGUCGGUGUACUAUCACUAAUAAUUCAAGUUUAACCUAUAUUUACAUUUGGAUUUUUAUAAAAAGUGGAAUAUUAUGUCAGUUUAUUCAAGGAAUAGUGAAAGAAGGAGAGUUUUACCGGAAUAUUGCAACGAAGACAAGGAAUAUUCCCAAUGUUAUGGAAGUCAGGACGGUCAUGGUCAUUUAGAGAGUGAAAAGAAAGUACGUAGAGAAAUAGCUAACAGUAAUGAAAGGAGACGAAUGCAGAGUAUAAAUGCUGGAUUUCAGUCCCUGAAAACACUCAUACCACACAGCGAUGGAGAAAAACUCAGCAAGGCUGCUAUUCUUCAGCAUACUGCCGACUUCAUUCAGAAUCUGAAAAGAGAGAAGGAUAGACUAGAAUCCGAAAAUUCUCAACUCCAGAAAAUGUUGACUGGUGGGUAUCAUGGCUCUCCACCUCGGAAACGCUGGAAGAGGGAUACAGAAUCAUCAGAUGAAGGCAUCACAGCCGACUAUGACGAGUUGUCUAUUGAUGAUGUCCGACGGGAAAUGGUGGCCAUGAAGUGUCAGCUUGAAAGGGAAAGACGGCUCCGUAUAGAAUUAGAGAAACAUUCAUACCCAAGCAACAUCAGAGAGCUGGCCAAUCAAGUGCAGAUAGUUCAAAUGCAGACUGACGAUGUGGUAUAUGUUGACAGCACAGCUGAUGUUAAAACGGAGAUAGAGAUGAAAACAGAAGAGGACAAACCAGUCAUUAUUGUAAAAGACCAUGAUUCUCAGGAAUCCGUGUCGAGUAGAAACAUUGCUACGAUCGUAGAAGCUAUUCGUCAUCUGGAAGGUGAUCGGCUAGGCUUUGAAGAUCAUCGAAAUGAACAUUCCAUUCCCCACAGCGAGGAGGAUGAAAAAGAGAGUAGUAUUACAAGUGACCAAGAGGACAUGGUGAAUUCGGAUAGUGAUUCACCGAUGUCUUACCGACCCCAACAGCAUAUAGACAUAAAAUACCACACAGAAGUUUUACAUUCGCCCCAUUUAGAACAUUAUGUAUAUCGUCCCGGUGUUAUAGUUCAGAAAUCCUAGGAUCACAUCAUCCUCAUUGUUUUCAUUUGUAAAUAUUCCAUUGCGAUUCAUUUUCAUUUCUGUUGCUAACUGCCAUUUUUUGUACAUUUUUUAAUCAUAUAAAAGGAAGUUUUGCUCAAAUUACACUAUAUAAAUUUGAUUCAACAUUUUUUCUUGUGGUACCAAACAACUGGAUCAUCUAAACAACUGUAAAUAUUUAGAACGUUGAAAGAUGCUUGUUUUAUACUUGUCUGAUCAUAAAGUUAAAAGUAUUACAGAAUUGCAGAAAAGAUAAACAAUUUUUAAAGAUAUGAUGUAUUGGUCUGACUAAUUUAAUACAAAAUAUAUAUAUUAAUCUUUAGCAGUUAUAAACAUAAAAAGAAAUACCCAUGCUUCAUGUAAAAUAAACUGAUUUGAAACGUGGAAAAUUUGAUGGAUCAAUUUUACAGGUGUACGUACAUAAAUGUCUUGUGUUUUUUUCUUUUUAAAUGCUUGUGAUCGAUUUAGUACUAUUUUCACUCAUAGCUUUAAUUAUCAUCACUGACAUUUCAUUACAUUUCUUUGUUAAAUUCUUUGCAACAUUUGUUUUUGAUGUGAACAAUGAAAGGAAGAAAAAAUAUGUUAAAAAUGACUAGGUACCAGAAAAUGGUCUGACAUCAAUUUAUGGAAAUAUUGUUUUGAGUGUAAAAAGAAAUAUUCAUCUCUUUUGAAUUAAAAUGUUGUGAAAAUUAUUCAAGGUCAAAUUAGAAUUUGAAAAUAGUGUUUAUACUAGUUUAAUAAUGUACAGUUGCAAAACACUAAUGGUUAUUUUUCAAGAUAAUUAUUUUUGUUUCACUUUGAAAUAUUAAUUCAGUUCAAAAAUUAAAACAAGAUAUGCACUGUUGUACAUUGCAGGGCUACUUUAAGUUUCAGCAGUCGUGCAAUAAUACAUGUAAAUGCUUCUUUAGUCACCUCCAUCAAAUUAAAUACAUUCCAGUAUCAUUUUUUUCAUUGGUAAAUAUGCAAAUUAUUUGUUUAUUAGUGGAAAAUGUUGACAAUGAAUUAUGGGCUACAUGUACUUCAGAAGAUGUUUGAAAUAUAGGGUUGUUUUAGGUCCCUAGAACCGAAAAGAAAUUUUCAAAUGGAAAUUGAAAAAAACUUUUUUUCUGUAUUGUAACUAUUGUUUCUAAAACUGGUUUUGGCUUUCUAAGAGAAUUUUAACUUUUUAUUUCUAAAUUGUCAAGAUUUUAAUUGGUCAUUUAACAGAGAAAAUUUGAUAUUUAAGAUACAAUCGUAUGAGUAAUUCUCUACUUUUUCCAGGAAAAGCCCAAAAUAAAAAGAUGUACUUCUAAAACUAUGUACAUGUCAACUUGACUUAACUUGUUAGUGCAGUGUUAAAUAUUAAGGUGUGCUUCUUGUAAAUUGUAAUUUGCAGUGUUUUUGGAAAUCCCCUUUAUUUUGAUUGUUACUAUUUAUAGUUGUAAACAAAUCCUUUACCUGUAUGCACUUUAUAAAAUAGAGAAAUUUUAUACUCUAAGGUUUAGAUUCUGACAUCUGAU